UCAUAGUCAAGCUGUUACCCUUCAGUUAGUGCUGAUAACAGCUCAGUUGCACACUAGUGUUCACUCAUGAAUCUCUCUGCAGGAAUCCAGAGUAUCCCUCUGAGUGACGGGAACCAGAUUCCACUCCUAGGACUCGGUACCUAUGGAGACCCUCGAACUACGCCAAAAGGCUCAGCCCUUGAGUGUGUCAAGCUGGCCAUAGACGUAGGCUACAGGCACUUUGAUGGGGCGCUGGUGUACUUCAACGAGCAUGAAGUGGGUCAGGCUAUCAGAGAGAAGAUUGCUGAUGGAUCUGUGAAAAGGGAGGACAUCUUUUAUUGUGGGAAGCUCUGGAAUACGUUCCAUCCCCCGGAGUUGGUGAGACCUGCCUUGGAGAGGACGCUGAAGACCUUGAAACUUGACUAUGUGGAUCUCUACAUUAUGGAGCUUCCAAUGGCCUUCAAGCCUGGAAAGGAAUUUUAUCCAAAAUAUAAGGAUGGAAAAUACAUCUAUCAUCACACUGAUCUCUGUGCAACAUGGGAGGCUUUAGAGGCUUGUAAAGACGCUGGUCUGGUAAAGUCUUUGGGAGUGUCCAACUUCAACCGCAGGCAGCUGGAGCUGCUGCUGAACAAACCUGGACUCAAACACAAACCAGUUUCCAACCAGGUUGAAUGCCAUCCAUAUUUCACACAGCCCAAGCUUCUGGAGUACUGUCGUCAGAAUGGGAUUGUGAUGGUUGGUUUUUGUCCUCUUGGCUCCUCCAGAGAUUCUUCUUGGGUGAAUUUGAAGUCUCCUCCUCUCCUGGAGGACAAGCUGCUGGUAUCUAUUGGUAGAAAGUACAACAAGAGUAGUGCUCAGGUUGCACUUCGCUUUAAUGUACAAAGAGGAGUGGUUGUGAUUCCAAAGAGCUUCACCCGUGAGAGGAUCAAGCAUAACUUUCAGAUAUUUGACUUUUCCCUCACGGAGGAUGAAAUGAAAGCCAUUGAAGCACUGAACAAAAACGUUCGCUUUGUGGAGCUGCUGAUGUGGAGUGAUCAUCCAGAGUACCCCUUCCAUGAUGAAUAUUGAGCAUUUAUGCAUUUUUUUCUCACAACACAAACAAUAUAUUUUACAUGAGAUAUCACCAAUAAUAAAUGUAUUAAACAUG